CUUUGCAAGGUGGCACCUGGCUCCAGGGAGGGCGCUGAGCCUCACAGCUCCCUCUGCGCGGCUGGGGGGGUGAUCCUGGGGGGUGAGUGACCGUCACCCAGGGGAGCCGCCCUCACAUCGCUCCAAGUUUCCUAAACACUAGGCACCGUUUUCCUCCAAGCCUAAACACCCCUGUCUCAAGUUGGAGCCUCCAAAUAAUCCAGCAAUUUAAUCCAAGAGGUGCUGCUGCAGAGGCCUGAUCCUCACCGUACCCCAUAUCCAUCGUGCUCCAACCCCUCUGGAAUUAUAAACACUCCACAAUAGAGCCUGGACUGGAUUAUAAUUAGACAAUGAGCCAAGAGGAUGGAAACAAUGAACUAUAAAAGCCUGGCCAUUGCCCCCAGCCAGGACCUGCACACCAGGAAGCACUGGAAUGAGCGAGCCACCAGGAGCUGUGACAGCAAAGCUGAGGAUUUCCUCCAAAUCGGAUCCAGAGCAUCCCUUAGCACCUCAUGCUCCCAUCGCCAGGCUUUACACAGCCCUGGUCACGGGAGACCUGAGGGGCCUCCAGGUCCUGACUGAGCGAUACCACCAGGAUGUCAACCUGGUCUUUGAGAUCAGUAAAAACGAGCUGGAGUGGCAGGUGAAAGGCCAAGCCUCUUACGGACUCUCAGGGCUGUGGGCGCUGGAGGAGAAGCGGGAGCUCAGCACCCCUCUGUGCCUCGCCGCCCGCCACGGCCACCCCGACUGCCUGCGCCACCUCCUGCGCCGUGGGGCCGACCCCAACCUGGCCCCAGGGGGACAGGGACCCCUGCACGAGGCCUGCCAGGGGGGACACGGCCACUGCCUGGAGCUGCUGCUGGAGUACAGGGCCGACCCCAACCUGCGGAGCGACCGGGGCGCGGCCCCGCUGCACCUCUGCACCUCCCCGGGCUCCCUGCGGUGUGCCAGGCUCCUGCUGCGGCACGGGGCCGCCGUGGGGCUGCCCAGCGAGGCGGGAGGGGACACGGCGCUGCACGUGGCCGCCAGGCAUCGUCUCUGCGACCACGCCCGCCUCUACCUGCGGCGCAGGGCGCGCGUCGACGCCCGCAACGCGCGCGGGGAGACGGCCCUGGGCGUCCUCUGCGGGCAGCCCCCGGGCCCGGGAGACCAUUCCCUGCAGCUUUUCCAGCUGCUGGCUGCCCACGGCGCCGACGUGGAGGCCCGGGACGAGGACUGGAGGACCCCCUUGCACCGGGCGUGCGGGGCGGCCAACGCCGAGCUGGCGCGGCUGCUGCUGCGGCGCGGGGCCGACGCCAACGCCAUCGACUACGACGGCGUGUCCCCUUUGGGCUGGGCCCUGCGGGGAGCCGCCUGCCGCCGGGACCUGCGUCCCCACGUCACCGUCCAGCUGCUGCUCAACCACGGCUCCCAGAGGAUAUGGCCCCCCGCCUUCGUCAAGGUGCUGAAAUCCUGCGCCGCCGUGCCGGAGGUGAUCGAAGUCCUCUUCAAUUCCUACUCCCAAAUCCCGGUGUCCCAGGAGUGGGCCGAGGCCGUGCCAGAGGAGGUGUUCCAGCAGCACCAGCCUUUCUACGAGUCCCUGUUGGUGCUGGCGGGCUCUGCCCGCUGCCUGCAGCACCUGUGCCGCUCCGCCAUCCGGGCACACUUCGGGAGCAGGUGCCACUCCCUCAUCCCUUUGCUGCCCGUGCCCAAGGCUCUCCGUGAUUUCCUGCUGCUGGAGCCCGAAGGAGUGGUGCUGUGAGGGAGCAGAUCCAGGUCCGAACCCAGCCCUUCCACGGGGAACAGGAGCAUGCAUCCCUUCCCGCCGGGGAAAAGCCAAACAGCUUUCCGUGAUGGAUCGCUGUUUUCCAGGGGUUUACAGCAGGACUGAAAAGUGCUUUGGGCUGGGAAUUUGUACAGAUUUUCUUCUAUUUUGGGGUUUGGGUUUUUUUCUCCUUCUAAUUGUGCUUUAAAUAGAUU